CCGCCUCGCCGCCCAUGUGCACGGGGCAGACGGAGAUCAAGGAGACCUUCAAGUACAUCAACACGGUGGUCUCCUGCCUCGUCUUCGUGCUGGGCAUCAUCGGCAACUCCACGCUGCUGCGCAUCAUCUACAAGAACAAGUGCAUGAGGAACGGGCCCAACAUCCUCAUCGCCAGCCUGGCCCUGGGCGACCUGCUCCACAUCAUCAUCGACAUCCCCAUCAGCGUCUACAAGCUACUUGCAGAGGACUGGCCCUUUGGGGUUGAAAUGUGCAAAUUAGUGCCCUUCAUUCAAAAGGCCUCAGUGGGCAUCACAGUGCUGAGUUUGUGUGCCCUCAGUAUAGAUAGGUACCGAGCGGUUGCUUCUUGGAGUCGGAUCAAGGGGAUAGGAGUGCCAAAGUGGACUGCUGUUGAAAUUGUGCUCAUCUGGGUUGUAUCAGUGAUAUUAGCUGUUCCAGAAGCUAUAGCAUUUGACAUGAUUACAAUGGAGUACAGAGGAAAGCAUCUUAGAAUUUGCCUGCUCCACCCUACACAAAAAACAUCCUUUAUGAUGUUUUACAAGCAGGCUAAAGACUGGUGGCUGUUCAGCUUUUAUUUCUGUCUGCCGUUGGCCAUCACAGCAUUUUUCUAUACUCUGAUGACUUGUGAGAUGUUGAGGAAGAAAAGUGGGAUGCAGAUAGCUUUGAAUGACCACUUGAAACAGAGACGUGAGGUGGCCAAAACUGUGUUCUGUCUGGUGCUUGUUUUUGCCUUGUGUUGGCUGCCACUUCAUUUAAGCAGAAUAUUGAAGCUCACUAUUUAUGAUCAGAAAGAUCCCAAUAGAUGUGAACUUUUAAGCUUUUUUCUUGUGAUGGACUACAUUGGUAUUAACAUGGCUUCACUGAAUUCCUGCAUCAAUCCAAUAGCUCUGUAUUUGGUGAGCAAAAGAUUCCAAAACUGCUUUAAGUCAUGUUUGUGUUGCUGGUGCCAAUCCAAAGAUCUGUUGUCCCUGGAGGAAAGGCAGUCCUGUUUAAAGUUCAAAGCUAAUGAUCACGGAUAUGAUAAUUUCCGCUCCAGUAACAAGUACAGCUCUUCAUAAAAGAGACGUAAGAGAAGGUGAAGAAAAGCAUAGAAAUAACAAGUCAUUGUUAGCACUUGAAUACUUCUGAAUCAGCACUUCCAAAUGAUCCCCACUUCCUUUAUAUUAAACAAGCAUUUGUAUUCACUAUAACAGUUGUAGGAACUGGAGUCACAGUAAUUACUAAGCAGCAUAAUAUAACUUUCAUUGGAUCAAUGCCAGUAUUAUAUAUAACUCCACACAUUAUCUUUUAUAAAGCAAAUUAACCAUCAUCACUAUU